AUGGCUUCUUUUUUGCUGGAGAAGAAGCUUACCAUGGACGACAGUCUUAAACAAGAAAUAGCUCAUCUGGAUGAGCUGAACGAGAAAUUUUCUCAAUAUUUUCACGAAGAAAUGGAAGAUUUCACUCGGAAAGCUUGGGUCGUGAGCCCAUUCGAAAGUUAUCCGGAAGCUAUGUCAACUCUCGGGCAAGAGAAACUUAUCGAUUUGUCGAAUGAUAGGCUCCUCAAGAGCUCCUUCAAACGCGAGAAGGCCCUCCAGUUCUGGCUGUCAGUGAGGGAUAGAUUUCCCAGAAUCUUAGGAGAAGCCUCGAGACUACUCAUACCCUUUCCGUCCUCUUACAUGUGUGAGGUUGGAUUCUCAGCCUUAGUGUCAAUCAAGUCCAAGUAUCGGAACAGAUUACUAGUCCCGGAUUCUCUUCGCUUGAAACUGACGAAAACAGAAGUGGAUACAGAUAAAGUCAUGAACGAAAGCAAGGAAUGA